AUGAUUUUCUACAUUCUAAUGCUUGAGAUGUCUGUGAAGAUCCAUGGAUUAUUCCAUUUAUACCACACCAAUUCGCCUGAUAAUAAAGAUUGUUUAUAUUCCUUUACAAGUAACAAUAUCACGAACGAAUGGCAAUUAAUAUCAUAUUGUAUUCGAGAUGAUAUGGCAAAUUCCGGGAAUAAUAAUGAUAAUGAUAACUAUUGUCAUGGUGAUCGAUAUUACACAUUUGAAAAAUUGAAACUAACAAAUGUCGAUAGUUACGAUUUGUAUCGAUGGAGUGCAUCAAUUGAAACGAUUGAUGAGUACUGUGAAGAUUGUAAAUUUCAUCGAUUAGACAAAAAAGGAGAAACUUUUGCUUUAGAGAAUUGGUUUGGCGUUCGAUGUCAGUAUUCAUUUGAUACAAGAUUUUCGUUUGAGAAUAUAAUCGAACAUCAAUUUAAAGAAAAAGAGUCAUUAGCAAAGCAAUAUGAUGUCGUCAAUGAUGAAUUUCUGUUAACAUGUUACAAAGGACUUCGUUGCCAUUCGACAAUUUGUCUUGAUUGGAGAGAAAUCUGUGAUGGAAUUUACAAUUGUGAACAUGGUGAAGACGAACCCAAUGAAUGUUUUCUACUUGAAUUGAAUCAAUGUGCAACGGAUGAAUAUCGUUGCCGUAAUGGAAUGUGCAUUCCGCGGAAUUUCCUUCUGGAUUUCAGCUCUGAUUGUUCUGAUUUGAGUGAUGAGCAUGAAACAUAUCACCUACGGCUUGACAAUUCGUUGUGUUCAUUUACAGCAGAGCUUUCAUGUGAUUUUCGUUCGUGUAAUUCACAUGAGAUUUCAUGUGGAGAUGGACAAUGCCAAAAGAUCAGUCAGCGUUGUAAUAAUGGUCACGAUUUAUUUCUUCGUUAUAAUAUCUUAGCAAUACCGUCUAACACUAGUUUUCAAUGUUGGUUUUUAAUGUUAUGUAUGACGGGUGAAGUCAAUACAAAUCUAAUGGGUUAUAAUUAUCAUGAUUGUUUAUCUUCAGAUGAUUCAGCAGAUAAAUAUACAUUUUUUGAUUCUUUUCGAAAGAUUUGUCCCAGUUCGUUUUGGUUUCAAUCAGAAGUGAAUUCUGUUUAUCCCUUCAUUCGAUAUUUCUAUUCAAAUAUGACGAAUCACAAUAAGAACUGGUGGAUACCAACGCAUAUUUGCUAUAAUCAAAGUCAAUGUCCUAGACUCUCUUUUCCUAAUUCAUCCUUAAUCAAUGGUCUUUUAUGCGUUAAAACAAAAUUCUCUGACGGUUUGAAUGACGGAUCGGAACAAAUACGGUUAACGUUUUCGUCAUGUCGAGCAUUACCAGAAUCGGUAUUAAAUCACGCAACUAUUCCCUAUCUAUUUUACUGCAAUCAAUCGAUGAAAUAUAUUUCGAAGCAUCGAGUGGGAGAUGAACAUGUUGAUUGUGUUCAUAAAGAUGAUGAAUACGAGAAUAUCGAUUGGACAAUAAUCAACAAUUUGAAUUUAACCGACCGCUUUCAAUGUCCACAAACGAGUGAUUGGCUACCAAGUGUAUUGGCUGUUGAUCACCUUUGCCAUAAGGAAUCUGUUCAAUCGAGUCUUGGCAGAUGUAAAAUGGCUUCCGAUAUAAUAUGUCGCUAUCUGCGCGGGUUAUACACCCCAUCGAUACGGUAUACUUUCCGAGAAAAUUGCAAUUACCGUCAAAUAUUGGAUCAUUCAAUUGCCAAUGAAACAGAUGAGACAAGUUGUGAAGAAUGGCGUUCAUAUCGUUGUGAUAGUUUUUGGGAUACAAAGAAUGGCGAAGAUGAAUUAAAUUGUUCAAAUACGAUCUUCUCUUAUAUAACACACCAAGUUUUCAAAUGUAACGCAAAUCAACAUUAUUGCGCACAUCGAAAUAGCACAAUUAGUUGUUUAUCAAAAGAUCGUGCAGGAAAUGGCAUUAUUGAUUGUUUAGGAGGGACUGAUGAAGCAACAAUAAACUUUCCGAGUGUUCUUUCAAAUUUUCUAUGUUCUAACAGUCAGUCUAUAGUACCACACAGGCUUUGUGAUAAACUCAAUCAUUGUCCGGAAGGCGACGAUGAAUUAAUCUGUCCAUGGAUAUCGAAUGCCACGAAUGCGACUCGAAACCAAUUUGUAUGCAAAAAUAAACUGAACAUUUUACGAAAUAAAAUUUGUGAUAAUAUUAUCGAUUGUCAACCAGAUGGCGAAGAUGAAUGGUUUUGUACUUUCAAACAUGAGAGAACAUUACGCUUUUCGUUCGACCGACUUGAAGAGUAUCCGCAUCAAAUUUCAACACGAACAUUCUCUCAAACCACGGACAAAACUAUUACGGUUGAUUUUCAUUCCUUUGAACCUCAACAACACAAACAUAACCAAUUAAGUUUACUUAGCAAAUGGUUUUGUAACCGUGGUAUUAUCAUAAAAAAACGAUCAUCUGAUCUCGGAUGUCUUUGCCCACCUAGCUAUUACGGUUCACGCUGUCAAUAUCAAUCUGAACGGUUAUUAAUUACGUUAAGAACCACUCGACCAGCUAAUCUGAAUGGACAUGAAAACAAAGAAAAUGCUAUUCGAUUAGUUGCUUGUUUAGCAUUUAACGAUACAAUAGCUGAUUGUGAAGAUAUCAUUCAUGUGCCAAUGAUGAAGCAAAUGUUUUAUUUGAUUUAUCCACGUCCACCACCAAAACAGCGUGGCCAUUGGACUGUUCGUCUUCAUGCUUAUUCUAUUACAAGAUUUACUGUUGAUUAUAUAUCGUCAUGGUUAUUUGAUGUGCCGUUUAGUUUCCUUCCGGUUAAUCGAUUGGUUUUAGACUUAUUCUUAACAGAACAAGAAAGUUGUAAUACACUCUCUUGCAACCAUGGUUAUUGUCGAAAAUAUCUCAAUUUACCUUAUAGAGAAUACUGUCAAUGUCAGCCAAAUUGGUUCGGCAAAUCUUGUAAUAUCAGUUCCGAUUGUUCAUGUGCAAACGGAGGAAGUUGUGUACAUAAAUUCGCAUGUGCAUGUCCUCUUGGAAGAAUAGGCGAUGAAUGUUAUGGAUUACUCAAUUCCUGUCAUAAUAUAAAAUGUGAGAACGGUGGUAGAUGUUUACCAAUGGACGAACGAUUACCAGAAAAGUAUAUUUGUUCAUGUCGUGAUGGUUAUCAUGGAUCUUCGUGUGAGUUAACUGACGGACAAGUGGAUAUUUAUUUUUCCAAAACUUUUCGCUUAAAUAAAUAUUCAUCGAAACCGACAAUAAUUGUCUAUUUUCUCGAAUUAAAUAAUAAUUCAUUUGGCUUUUUAUCGAUUGCAAAUCGACUUUUAUAUAAGCAAAUACAAUUAAACAAUUUACUUCGUGUUUAUAAUACAAAUCAUCGAUAUUUAUCAUCAUUCAUCCUUCUCGAAAUCAUUUUCAAACCAAAUCAUCGUGGUUUCUACAUAGCAGGUAUUCUUAAACAGACAAUGACAAAUGUGACAACAAGUAUCGACAAUUCCAAUCAUUGUCCGCAUAUCAAUGAUAUCCUGUUCAAUAAAACAAUACGUAAUAUGCCAUUGGCUAAGCGCGUCAAGUACUACGGACAUCUCUGUCAGCGAAAUCAUCACAUGAUUUGUUUUGUGGAUGAAGUUCACCUAUGUUUCUGUGAUAAAUAUCGCGAUCCGGAUUGUCUUGUAUUUCAACGUGAGACAACUGAAUGUAAAACAAAUUAUUGUCAGAACAAUGGGCAAUGUGCGCAAAAUGAAUUUAACGGCAUUUGGGAUUUUAGCUGUGUGUGUAACGAAUGUAUUUACGGAUCAUUGUGUCAUUUAACAGCAUCGCAAUAUAUAUUUUCAUUCGAUAUGAUCAUUGGUCAAGAUAUUCUUGCGAAUCAGUUGUUAACCAGCCAACCAUUGGUAAUUCAAAUUGUGUUAUCGAUUCUUAUUUUAAUGUUUAUCAUUGGAAUUCUAUCAAAUGGUGUAUCUUUUAUUGUUUUCAAGCAAAAACAAAUACAGAAGACUGGGUGCAGCAUAUAUUUGUUGUAUUUACCUAUCAUUGGUCAGUUGGGAUUAUUAUUUUUAAUUGGUCGCUUUUCCUAUCUUUUAAAAACGCAAAUAUCGUAUGUUAAUAAUCGAUCAAUUGCUCAGUGGAGUUGUGUCAUACUCGAAUACUUUAUAAACAUCUGUCCAAUGCUUUUUGAUUGGCUUAUCACCUGUGUGGCAAUAGAAAGAUGUAUUAAUGUUAUCAAAGGUGUUUCGUUCAAUAAAUCUAAGAGUGUUUGGUGGGCGAAACGAAUUGUUUUAAUUCUUACGAUCAUUAUUUUGAUCAGUUCGUCGUAUGAGCCUUUUAUUCGACAAAUAAUCGAUGAUCCUCGAUUAGUAAAUCGUCAUACAUGGUGUGUGAUUAUAUUCCCUUCGCGUUGGAUCGAGUAUUAUCGAUUAACAGUGAAUCUUAUCAACCUCAUUAUUCCAGGUAUGGUCAAUUUUAUUGUGACAUUAUUUCUUUUGCAUCGCACAACAAAGAUGAAACAAGUUGUAGCUAGAAGUCAACAUGACAAGGGAUAUUGGGCAUGUUUAAAGCGACAACUUCCUUUGUAUGGAAGUCCGAUAUUGCUGAUUAUAUUUAGUCUCAUGCGUUUGAUCUUUUCUUUUACAUUGGUUUGUAUAACUGAUCAAUGGCAAAAAUAUGUCUUUUUAACAGCUUAUCUGAUUUCAUUUUGCCCAUUAAUGAUGACAUUUCCGAUUUUUGUCUUACCUGCGGAAAUUUACAAAACAGAAUUUCGAAGUUUGGUGCAACAAACGAAAAAAUUAUUCAAAUUCAGACGAAACUAA